UCUCAGGAACGGACAAGCUCUUGCUGCGCUCGACAAACUCCACCACCUCCUCUCCUCCCCUGACUUUCCCACACCACCUCCUCUGUCUUCCUCCCAUCCUCCCUUUAGGUCACCGUCACCAUGUUUGCCGCCCGUCAGGUCACCCGCUCCGUCUUUGGCGCUGCCUCGCGCCGGGCCUUCUCCGCAACCGCAUUCAAUGCCAGCAAGGUCGUCGUCCUUGGCUCUGCCGGAGGCAUUGGUCAGCCGUUGUCCCUCCUGCUCAAGCUCAACCCGCGCGUCAGCGAGCUCGCCCUCUACGACAUUGUCCUCGGGCCCGGUGUCGCUGCCGACAUCUCCCACAUCAACACCAAGAGCAAUGUCAAAGGCUACACCCCCGACCCCGCUGGCAUCAAGGAGUGUCUCACUGGUGCCGACAUUGUCCUCAUCCCCGCUGGUGUUCCCCGCAAGCCUGGCAUGACCAGAGAUGAUCUCUUCAACACCAACGCCUCCAUCGUCCGCGAACUCGCCAAGUCCUGCGCCGACCACUGCCCCGACGCCAACAUCCUCGUCAUCUCCAACCCCGUCAACAGCACCGUCCCCAUCACCGCCGAGGUCUUCAAGAGCAAGGGCGUCUACAACCCCAAGAAGCUGUUCGGUGUCACCACCCUCGACGUCGUGCGCGCCAGCCGCUUCAUCUCCCAGGUCAAGGGCACCGACCCCGCCAACGAGAACAUUACCGUCAUCGGUGGCCACUCCGGCGCGACCAUCGUCCCCCUCCUGAGCCAAUCAGGCCACUCCCUCGAGGGCAAGGAGCGCGACGACUACAUCCACCGCGUGCAGUUUGGCGGUGACGAGGUCGUUGCCGCCAAGGACGGCAAGGGAUCCGCCACGCUCUCCAUGGCCAUGGCCGGCGCCCGCUUCGCCGAGUCGCUGCUCAAGGCCGCCCAGGGCCAGAAGAACGUCGUCGAGCCCACGUUUGUCGACUCGCCGCUCUACAAGGACCAGGGCGUCACCUACUUUGCCUCCAACGUCACCCUCGGCCCCAACGGUGUCGAGGAGAUCCACCCGGUCGGCAAGAUCAGCGAGUUCGAGCAAGGCCUUCUCGAUAAGUGCUUGGUCGACUUGAAGGGCAACAUCGAGAAGGGCGAGAAGUGGGCGCAGGAGAACCCAGGUAAGUAAGUGUACACCUCCAGGAUUCACAUGCAUGCACACCGGGGGAAAAGCGAAGGGGGGGAAAGUAGAUGGGUGGGUGGGCAUUGGUGAAGCAUUGUAAUUGUGUAGAGUCGGAGCUAUCGAAUGCAAAAAAACGGCUUCCAUGUCCAUACACGGUGUGAGAGCUCCAUCCGUGAU